UGGGCCAGAUCUGCCGACUUUCUCCUCUCGUCCACCGUGUUUAUGUUUAUAUUCAUUUUCCUUGAUUUGUCUCGCCGGAAAAGUGGACUGGUCAUUACCAUUUCCCUCAAGCUUAGUGUUGACGAAGAAGCAGCUGAAAGGAGAAGUUAGAAAGCAACGGUAAUGGCCGGAAAGGAAGAAACUGCAGAAGUAGGAGGCGAACGGAGUAGCUGCUCGCCAUCGCUUGAGGAUAGGCCCGGAAUCCUCAUCGUCGGCCCUUCCGCCGUCGGCAAACGCACCCUCCUCUCCCGUUUGCUUUCACUGGAUCUCGAAGAUGAUCCUGAUUCCGAUUCCGAUUCCGAUUCUCAAUUGCUCAUCCGCGGGUGGACGAUCGACACCAAAUACUACUCCGCCGAUGUAUCCGUCUGGGUUGCACACCUCACCGACGGUUUCCGCAUCGAGAACCUCCCAUCUCGCCGCCGAUUGGCAGCCGUGGUCAUGAUUUUCGACGCUACUGAUCUCUCGUCGCUUGCUGCAGUUCAGGAAUGGGUAUCCCGCAACGAAAUCCACGAUUUUGAGAUACUGUUAUGCGUUGGGAACAAAGUGGAUCUUGUUCCAGGCCAUCCCGUACACCAAGAAUACAGAAGGCGGUUGCUGCGACGGCAGCAAAAGCUCGAGCUUGAGCAGUCUGCCUCUGAUGAGUUCGGAAUCUCUGAAACGGAAGGUGCCAAUUUGUUAGGGAACAAUGAAGACGAAGAAGAAGUGGUAGAAGAAGAUCAGUCCUUUCAAAUCAGGAGGUCAUGUAUUGAGUGGUGCACUGAUCGGAAUAUUGAGUACAUUGAAGCUUGUGCUUCCAAUCCUGAAUUUGAUAAAUGUCUGUCUGUUGAUGGUGACAGUCAAGGGAUGGAACGAAUCUUUGGUGCACUUUCUGCACAUAUGUGGCCUGGAAUGGUUUUGAAAUCUGGAAAUAAGAUCGCUGAACAACCAUUACCUGACGAAGAAGAAUUGUCCGAGGAGUCGGAUUAUGAAUUAGAAUACGAGGUGCUUUCGGCAGGUUCUGCAGAACCAUGGGAUGAUACCAGAUGGGUUUCUGCCAGCACUACCACUUCCACUCCGAGUGAAGGGGAAUCUAGUGCAGCAGAAAAACACGAUGUUGCCGGACUUAGCAACGGGAACAAAGAAAGUCUUGUAUCAAAUGCUGGAGAAGGUGGCAUUGGGACUUACCCUGAGAAUGGAGAAAAGGGUUAUGAAGGAAAUGUGCAGCUCUCGUCUACUCGGAGAGGGGAAUCGUCAGAGGAUGGCAAAGGAGCAGUGCGAAAAAAAGAAGUAUGGGAAGCAAAUGGUGAGGUUGAACCAUUCGACUUCGAGGACUUGGAAAAGGUCAUGUUUGAAAUAGGGAAUAUAAGAGAUGGGUUGAGAUUGAUGCCAGAUGUACAGAGAAGGGAAAUGGCUGCAAAUCUGGCAAUGAAAAUGGCUUCCAUGUUUGGGGGCGGCAGUGAUGAUGAGGAGCCUGAUGAAUUGGAGUGAUUUGCUGAAUUUUAAGAUGAAGGUGAAAAGAUGUUUGUAAAGUUCUGUGCUGUAUUUUUCAGAUUUUCUCCCUGGUACCAUCCCUGAGUUAACAAACAAGCUAUUGGAAAGAAUUUGGCUACAGUGUGUACAGG